AAAUAAGCAACCUACAUGCAUCCUUUCUUUUCUACAAUCAUCAGGUUAUUACAUAUAUUGUUGAAGCUUACAAGUAACCUGUAAUAACCCCAAUUAUCAUUUAAUAGAAUUAUUUCUCAUCCCUCUCCCCCUUUAUACCCUUAUAUAUAGCAUCCCCAAUUGCUCUAUUCUUCUCAUCUUUCACUGAAUCUAAUUCCAAGAAAUAUGGAAGUGAAGAGGUUCUUAGGUGUUGCUAUAUUACUAGCACUAGUUCUGGGAGUCACUGAGAGCUUUGAUUUGCAUGAGAAAGAUCUGGAAUCAGAGGAAAGUUUGUGGGACUUGUACGAGAGAUGGAGGAGCCAUCACACUGUUUCUCGAAGCCUAAAUGAGAAACACAGACGCUUCAAUGUGUUCAAAGCCAAUGCGAUCCAUGUUCAUAACACCAACAAGAUGGAUAAGCCCUACAAGCUCAAGUUGAACAGGUUUGCCGACAUGACCAACCAUGAGUUCCAGAAUGCCUAUGCUGCCUCAAAGGUCAACCACCAUAGAAUGUUCCGUGGCACGCCCCGUGGGAAUGGAACCUUCAUGUACGAGAAAGUUGAUAGAGUUCCUCCUUCAGUUGAUUGGAGGAAAAAAGGUGCUGUCACUGCUGUAAAAGAUCAAGGCCAAUGUGGUAGUUGUUGGGCGUUUUCAGCUGUUGCAGCUGUGGAAGGUAUUAAUCAGAUCAAAACAAAGAAGCUAAUCUCAUUGUCUGAGCAGGAGUUGGUAGACUGUGACACUGAACAAAAUGAAGGAUGCAAUGGAGGACUAAUGGAAUAUGCCUAUGAGUUCAUCAAGCGAAUUGGGGGAUUGACAACGGAAAGCAAUUACCCCUAUAAAGCCGAAGAUGAAACCUGCGAUGUAUCAAAGGAGAAGCAUCCAGCAGUGUCAAUUGAUGGUUAUGAGAAUGUCCCCCAAAAUGAUGAGCAUUCAUUGCUCAAAGCUGCUGCCAACCAGCCUGUAUCAGUAGCCAUAGAUGCUGGAGGAUCUGAUUUCCAAUUCUACUCAGAGGGAGUAUUUACUGGAGAUUGUGGGAAGCAAUUGAAUCAUGGGGUAGCUAUUGUGGGCUAUGGAACAACUAUUGAUGGAACCAAAUAUUGGAUAGUUAAGAACUCUUGGGGCUCUGAAUGGGGAGAGCAAGGUUACAUCAGGAUGCAAAGGGCUAUAUCUGAGGAGGAAGGACUUUGUGGCAUAGCAAUGGAACCUUCUUAUCCAAUCAAAAACUCCUCCACCAACCCAGGAGGACGCCAAUCAUCUCCUAAAGACGAGCUUUGAAUUGUUGUUUAUAUCAUCAAAACCAGAGGAAAAGUGAGAAGUAACUUCAAUGAUAUUAUCAUUAAUAUUAAUGUACACAUCAAGAUCACUCCGUCUCUACCAUUUAGGAAUAAAACUUGCAGUUUGUAUGCAGACCUGUUAGCUACAUUCCAUAGCCUUAAUAUCUUUGCAAUGAGAUUCUAGAACAUAAUUAUCAUUUACUCAGCAAUAUUCUCUCGCCAUCUUAUCUUUUAACAGUACAGGACCACAUACUAAGUAUGAGUGUCCUGGAAAUACUACACUAAGAAUGUUUUCUUUAUAGGGUGACGAGGCUUUACAAACUUGUCUUUGAUAUUACAUUUGGAAAAGUAUAAAACUUCAUGCACCACAAUGCUUGAAAUAUUACAGUAAAACUUUGUUCACAAAGCAGCCAAUAG